GAGAUUUAUAAUAUAAUAUAAUAUAAUAUAAUAUAACCUAACAUAAUAUAAUGUCCAGCCCAUAUAAUAAUAUAAUACAACUCCCUUUAACCUGAGAUGCCGAGAUAAGCUCCAGCAUUUCUGUAAUCCUAGUGGUUUGGAGGAUAAUAUAAUAAUCGAAACAACGUCUCUAAAUAUCAACUCUCACUUGCAGGUAUAUUAUAUUAUAUUAUAUUAUAUAUUAUUUGCUUCACUGCCUCUUGUGGUGAUUUUUAAUGCUAUAUAGCAUAAAAUGAAAGUUAAAAACCUGAAAAAAAUUGGCAUUUACUAUGUUUUCUAAAUAAUAUAAUAUAAUAUAAUAUAAUAAUGAAAGCAAUAUUUACAAAUGUCAACUUUUACGUGUUAAGCUUAUGAUAGUUUAAUGUACCAUGGAUGUCCUUCAACACAAAAUCUCAUAUAUUAUUAUAUAAUGUACCAAAUGUCUGGUAAUGAAAUUAUAACUGAAUCCAGGAAACAAACUAUUAUUCUUUCUUUCUUUACAUAUUUUCCAUUGUCAUGAAGCAAAUAUAAUACAAAACAGUUUGAUAACAAUUACAUAGCUUUUAAUGAAAAACUUUUUUCUUAAUAUUUUUCCUUUGUUAUGUUUCCUUGUAUUGACCGCAGAUUUUUAUGUUAUUUUGUCAGUCGAGAUCACACUGUUAAUCGUCUCCAGCCAUAAAACCAUAAUGGCUGGGAUUAUAGCCAUAUUGCUCAUUUGCACUACUUUUUCUCAUAGACCAACUAGGUUUAAGGGAGCAGAAUUUGAUGGUCACAUCAGCAGAUAGUGGACAUCUGUUUUGCUCGGGGAGCAGUGUUGGUCUUUAUGUGACUAGAUUAUCCAUUCAUUAAGGAGAAUAUCACUGCAAUGAGACCAUUAAACUAGAGAUGUUAAGAGACAACAGCUUGUCCCUAAGGAUGUAAUUUCAUUCCAGAUUGGGGCAGUAAAGCACCUAAAUACCUGCUGGCCCUUGUUUUCCGAUCAAAGUUGUUUGACUUGAGGGGAUCAAGUAAGUGUAGGGUGGGGUCUGAACAGGAUGGAACGCUCCGGCGUGAGCCGUCCAACAUCCCACCAUAAAUUGGGGUCACGUCUCACGAGCUAAUCAGACGUUCGCCAGACCUGAUAGAGGUUGGCAGAGAUAGACAGGACCUUAAACAAACGUAAGGGCAGAACAGGAAGAGCCGCGCUCAAUCAAGCCACUAUGAGAAGUUUUCAUUCUCCUGCUCUGCUGCUGCCCGUUCUGCUGCUGUGGGCUGUGUGUACCGUGUCAGACGUGCAGGCUGACGUGAGGACGGUCAAGCUGUGCGGGCGAGAGUUCAUCCGUGCCGUCGUCUACACGUGUGGAGGCUCCAGGUGGAGGAGGUUCAUCAGUCCGCAGGAUAUGGAAGGGUUUUUUAAUGGAGAUCUAAGCAGUGCUGAGGAUCUUAGCGAGAGUCUAGGAUCUGACCUGACCAGACGAGACCUGAAUAAUGUUUGUUGCCAGUUUGGCUGCAAGAAAAGUGACCUCACGUUGCUCUGCUGAGAACUGAAUGUGUGUUUUUCUUUUCGUCUUCUUCCACAUUCUCUUCCACACUUCUCUAUAAGUGUACUCUGAGUGUACAGUCAGUUGUAACACAUUCAACAUCUUAAUUUGCCACUAGAUGAUGCUAAUUAACAUGAAAAGCAUGUCUAAUUUCGGAUUAGAUCAUUUUGCUACACUUGUACCCUAAGAUGCACCAUGAAAAGAGGUUUAAUAGCAAGUCACCAACAGCAGUGAAACUGCAUAAUGAGGUGCACGGCAGUAAUCAGGCAUUGUAAAUUGUAUUUUGCAAAC